AUGUGGCUGGCGUGGCCGUGGCGGCCGCCGCCGUCGCCGAGCCACAACGCGGGCAGAGUGGAGGCUUGGGGCCCUGGCGGCUCUGGGGCGAGGUGUUGCAUCGAGGACAGGAUAUGCAGGCAUCAAGAGCGAAGAGUGGAUGGUACGGCUGAUAUGGGACGAGCAGCGAGCAGCGAGCAGCGAGCAGGACAUGCGGCAGCGCUGGGGGGACGACGUUUGGGCGUGGAUGUGACGAGAAGAAACGGCAGCAGCGGAUUCCGUGGAGCAGGCAGCACAGGGCCCCGCAGCCAAUCAGCGCCGCCGCCAUGGCUGGACGGCCGGGGUGUGUCUGCUUUGGCGCGCAGAUCGAGUUCGCCUGCAGUCCGAGCGUUGGCUGGGUUGGCUGGGUUGGCUGGCCUGCUGGCCUGCUGGCCUGCUGUGACGGAGCCCGCCCUGGGCCUCUCUCCCUGUGCCUCUCUCUCCCUGCGCCCGUCUCUCCUGCCCUCUUGCUCUCUUGCCCUCUUGCCCUCUCUUUCGCUUCCCGCACCGCCCUCUGCCCUGCGCGCCAGCCCACCAGCUGCAUACGGCGGUGCGCGUGCAUGCAUGCGCCGCUGCAUUGUCUCCAUGUCACUACAUACAAAUGUGCGCGGUGCCGCUGUUCACCCGGCCAGCCAACGCGAGAGGCGGCGAAUCGUAAACACGCACAGGGUGCCCGCUGCUGAAACACUGCGCCGCCACCCAAACGUCAUUGCCAACGGCCUGCAGCAGCUGGGCCGCCUGCCAUAG